AUGUCUUUAGCACAUCGACGCAAUCGGCGCUUAGAGCCAUACCAUCGCCCCAGCUCGGAUGGACGCGGCCGUGGAUUCGACGAGGGCGUGUACCAGACAGCGCCGCAGCUCUUCGUGCAUCCCAGUGAAACUGUCAAUGGCGGAAAUCUUCGGGUUCCUCAAAUGACACCGACGUCACAGAUUCGCGAGCCGGCCCGGGCCCGCGACACCUCCUCCCAGGACGACGCUGCCACUCCUGAAGAGGUGCGUCAGCGUCUGCAAUGCGAUUUCAUGGGCGCCGCCAACAGUCUCGCCGCGGCAAUUGUCGAGCUCCAUGACCUGUCCGAGUUCCUGACCGACAGCUGUUUCGACGACCUCCGCAUCGGGGCCAUGCUGUCGCAGUUUGUCUUUCGCGAGACUGCGCGGCUGCGCGACGUGGAGAAGCACCUCUCGUAUGCGCUCUACCACCUCGUGCCGACGCCCUUGGAUAUCGACUUUUGCCUGGGCUGCACGGUCCAGAAACGCAUCGCGGAGAUACGAGAGGAUCACGGACGCUUGGCUGCUGGGCCCCUGCUGCGUGUUCAGGAUCCCAGAGCCCACCCAGGGGAUUACAUGGUGGCUUCUGAUGAUGACGCUCAGACAGGUCCUCUGGCUGAAGGUGAGGUCCGUGGCCGUUCUGAGCACGAGACCGGUUGGGUAGGUGUCUCGGAGCAGGAGAUCAAGUCUGAAGAUGAAGCGCCUUUUCACCACUAG